AUUCAUAAUCAUGUCAACCUUGUCUUUAGCAUUUCAGAAGGAAAUAGUCGCGGAGCUCGUAGCCGAAGAUGCAUUACUCAUCAUGGCCAAAGGCCUUGGGCUCCGAAGUAUCAUUGGCGCAUUUCUAAAAAUUUACUCACAGCCUCAAAACCUUGUCCUUCUUAUCAACACCAAUGCUGAAGAAGAGGCCGAGCUCAGAGACGACCUUGCACGGUCCACGGAUGUUGGUAAAGGAGGUGCAUAUUUCAGGACCAUUACCAGUGAGCAGAGCCUUGCUGAACGUAACGAUUUAUAUCGUUAUGGAGGCAUUAUGGCUGUUACCUCACGUAUUCUUGUUAUGGAUCUUUUGACCGCCAGAAUACCUAUUCAUCUUAUAACCGGCAUACUAGUCGCUAAUGCUCAUAGAGUGACAGCAACAAGCACUGAGGCAUUUAUUUUGAGGCUACUCCGUCAGAGCAACUCAGAAGCUUUCAUCAAGGCUUUCAGUGAUCAGCCAGAAUCAUUCACAGUAGGAUUUGCUACGCUGGAAAAAACACUUAAACUUCUCUAUCUUCGAAAAGUAAAUCUCUGGCCGAGAUUCCAUGUUACGGUGACAGAAAGUUUGGAAUCCCAUUCAACUGAUGUGAUAGAGAUCCGACAGCCGAUGACAAAGGCAAUGAAGACUAUCCAGGCAGCUAUAAUAGACUGUAUGGAUAUUUGUUUACAAGAACUUCGCCGGUCCAGUUCAGCAAUUGAACUCGAUAUUGAUGAUUUCACUGUAGAAAAGGCAUUGUUCAAGUCAUUCGAUGUGAUUAUUCGGAAACAGCUGGACCCUAUUUGGCAUCGCGUCACGUCUAAAACAAAGCAACUUGUUGGGGACUUGAAGACGCUGCGAAACCUUCUAAGUUACCUUGUGUCGUACGACAGCGUGAACUUUAACUUAUACCUAGAAACUAUUCUUGCAACGCACAAUGCCUCAUCGGGGAACUAUUGGCUCUUGACGGACCCCGCGGAUAAAAUUUAUACAACAGCGAAAUCAAGAGUAUUUCUACAUCAAAUGGGUUACCAGGAUCCCGAUGAUCCUAGUAUGCUCCCUAACACAAGACCUAUAGUGGAAGAGCUGCCAAAAUGGAAUGUGUUAUCUGAAAUUAUGGAUGAAAUCGAGCUCGAGAUGCAUCACGCGCCACAUAAAGAAGGGCAGGACACGGUUCUUAUCAUGACACAGGACCAAAGGACAUGCACACAACUGAAGCGGUACCUUUCAACGCCAAAAUCUAACGCAUCGACCAGAGGGAAGCCACUUAUGAGGAAUCUAUUGCAAGGAUACUUACGCUGGAAAGCUAACAUGAAAAACUUUAAAGAUAUGGUCAAUAAAAGUACUGCUACAUCUGCAGUAUCUUCAUCAUCCAUUGGAAACCACCCUAUUGGACGCGGUCCACCACCAAAUAAGCGACGACGUGUACGAGGAGGUGGAAACAUGGUUGCAUUGACGACCAAGCCAACGACCGCAUCAUUUGAUAAAGAAGUAGAAAGUAUUGCAACAUUUAUUCAUGCAACUCAAGGCGAUCCUAGCCCGACAGCAUCUGUACAUGACCAUGACUUGGAAGAGAUCGACGAUCCUACGGACUACUUUGGUUUGGUUGAGCCUAGUACCCUUGUGAUUGUCCACAGUUACACCGGGGAAUCUGAUGCGCGAUUGCUGGAGAACAUUAAGCCUCGUUUUAUUGUAAUGUAUGAUCCAGACCCGACGUUUGUUCGAUGUAUUGAGGUCUACAAAGCAACCCAGCCUGGAAAGCAAGUCCGCGUUUACUUUACUGUUUAUGAUAACUCGGUUGAAGAGCAGUUAUAUUUGAGUGCGCUUCGUCGAGAGAAGGAUGCCUUUACGAAAUUGAUCCAUGACAAAGCGAAAAUGGUACUACCCAUUGGAGACACACAGACGAAACAGGUUCAAGACCAGUCAUUGCUCAGAAACAUCCAUACACGAAUAGCUGGCGGCGGAAAGACAGGCGAGGAUCACCCGUUACCUAGGAUUGUAGUUGAUUCAAGAGAAUUUAGAAGCUCUUUACCGUCAAUUUUGCACUCACAAGGGAUGGUUUUAGAUCCUUGCACAAUCACUGUCGGGGAUUAUGUCCUUUCGCCUAAUAUUUGUGUCGAAAGGAAAAGUAUAUCGGAUCUUAUCAGCUCGUUUGCUUCUGGAAGAUUAUAUACCCAAGUCGAAGCAAUGACCGUUCAUUACAGCCAACCAGUACUCUUAAUUGAGUUCGAUCAAGAAAAAUCGUUUUCACUACAGGAUAAGUCAGAAAUUAGGUCAGAUAUUUCAGUCACAGAGCUUUCUUCAAAGCUUGUGCUUCUGACUAUCGCAUUCCCAACUCUCAAGCUGAUCUGGUCAUCAUCUGUACAUGCCACCGUAGAAAUUUUUGAAGAUUUGAAGAGAUCCGAGAACGAGCCAGACGUAUUGCAGGCGCAGGCUGUGGGUGUGGACCAGGAUCAAGAGAUUGAGAGCGCGUUUAACCUGACACCGCAGGAUAUCCUUCGGAGUAUGCCUGGCAUCACUUCCAAGAACUACAAGCAUAUUAUGAAUAAUGUGGAAAGCAUUCGUGAAUUAGUCGAGAUGGAAAUGCCAAAGCUGGUGGCGCUGUUGGGGGAAGGACCAGCACAAACGCUCUGGAACUUUUUGCAUAAGGAUUCAAGAUUAGACAUGGUUUAAAUAAAGUGCCCAUUUUUUUCUCUCCAUA